UAAUUCGCAGGUCACUGAGAGUGGGUUUAUAAAACUUCAAGGUCUCUGUCACGCUACCCUCAUUUCAUCUAUAUACAGGAAAUGCUGAAGUCGCUAUUGAAAGACCCUGUCUUAGACCUGAAGAGGAUUAACAAUAAUGUUUCCAAACUCAUUAAAACUGAUAAGUCGGAGAAGAAAUUCUUCAAAUUGAUGGUUAAAACGUGGAGUGAAGAUGAAGACUCCAGAAGAAUUUUGGCCUUUCUAAAUAUCAUGAAGGCCAUUUCUUUGAAAGGAGAGUGCACCAGCCUCUGCAUAAAGCUGAUGUACAUGGCGUAUGUGCGAAACUGCAAAUUUGUUUUGGGCUCCAACAUUGCACAAAUUAACUUGAUGCGUGAAUGUUUGUUGGAGUUAUUUGGUACUAAGUUGGACGAAGCCUACAUACAUGCAUUCGUUUACGUGCGCCAGCUUGCAAUUACACUUCGAAAAGCAUAUAGUUCUAACAGUAAAGAGGAUAUUCAGUCUGUAAAUAAUUGGCAGUUUGUGUACAGUCUUUAUUUAUGGUCUGAUUUUACGUCGAGAUAUGCAGGUAGUCAUACUUUGGUACAGACGCUUAUUCAUCCUUUAACUCAGUUAAUAUAUGGAACAAUCAAGCUGAAUAAGGGUCAACGUUGGAUACCACUUCGUUUUCAUUGUAUUUCUAUGCUGCACAACUUAGCUGGUGUACCGAUUCCAUGCGAACCAACAGCUUCAGAAGACAAACAACAAUCGUCGACUGAUGAUACCGCCCUUAAAUUACCUUUAGUCGGCAGAGCUUUGUCUUCAGAGACUCGUCUGUUAAUACCUACUCUAUCUUUAUUGCUAGAUGUAUUCCAACUGGUUAACUUUAAUCAAAGGGCUGGACGAGUUUCGAAUGCUCCAUUAGAUUUACGCUUAUUGUUACAUUUCUCACCUAGUCAGAAACAUGAAACUGCAUCAAAUGACGCUAUAAUAAGUUGGUUAUUUGAUUUAUUGGCCGAAUGUAUGGCUUUGCAUGCAAAUUCUAUUGCUUUCCCAGAAUAUUCACUGCCGUUCAUCACUGAGGUCAAACAGUUUUUACGCGUAUGUCGUGUAGCCUCCUUCUGUAGACAAAUGAAAGCGCUAAUGUUAAAAGUACGUGAACAUUCAGAAUGGAUUGUUAAAUGCCGUAGACGUGUUCGAAAUUUGACCAGUAAAAAUGAAGUGCGAAAUGUGGAGUCGACUUGUACUCUUUUCGAUAAUACAAACAAACUCUUACCAUUUUGGCAGUUCUACUUACAGCAUAAACAAAUUCGAUCUACAGAAUUAAAUCGACUGACUGAAAGCAAUAAGAAGGAGCCCAUACCAACUGACACAACUACAGAGUAUGAUUCAAUGAAAACAAAAUCUGAGUCUGACGAUUCAGAUUCAGACCAUAGUGAUUCAUCCUAUGAUAUUGAUGAUGGACGGACAGUUACACAUGUAUCAAAAUCAAAGGGUAAAAAGAAAGCUAAAAAGGAUGGUCAAGUUGGUAUAAGUGGUGACAAAGCUGCACAAGAUAAGGCGAAUAAUGAUGAGAGUGAAGAGAGUGAUUUCGAUCUAGAAGCUGCUCUAAUGGAUGAAGAUGAUAAUGACAAUAAAAGUGAGAUUACAGGAGCUCCAGAUGAACUGUCAGAAUUCGAGUUGGAAGGUGAUUCCAGCGAUGAGUACAGUGACGAGAAGGACUCGUUUACUACAGAUUUUGAUGGUGAUGAUAAUGAAGAUUCCGAUGUUGAAAUGACUGACCUAACUAAAUCUUCUAAACCUUCUGUUAAUCGAAAAAAGAAAACGUCAGUAGCGGUUAAGAAGAAGGUGAAAACAAACAACCAUGUUGUACCUAAAAAACCGAUUCCCAAAGGGAAACGUGUGAGCGCUACAUCGAAAUCCCAACAACCUGCAAUUAAACACUCAGAUCCAACCAAAACACAAAGCCUAGUAAAGGAUAAAAAGAAGAAAGCUAAGAAAAGGCCCAUUGUUGACAAAUAACUUGUGAAACUUUGUAUGUAUAUAUAUAUAUAAAUUCUUGCAUCUUUGGUUCUCUUCACUUUUAUCAUCUGACAUAUGUACAUGAAAAUACUUGCAUCUCAAAACAAAACAGACAAGAAAUAGUUUGAGAUGUUUCCAGUAAAAAAAAUGUUGCAAACACUUCAUUGUAGUUAAAGAAGUACAUAUGUAAACAUCAACUAGCAUUUUAUAAUUGUUUUCCACAUUAAUUUGUUUAUUGAAUAUAUCACACAGUGUAACAGGAUUAUUUGCUGGAUGACUUUUUGACCACAAUAUAUCGUUCAUAAUCAUAUCAUCAAUUAUAACUACACAGUUUCGGAACUCGCAUUCCUAGUGUUCUUUUUUCCUCCCCAUUCUUCAUAGGGAUAUUAGAAUCUUCUAGAUGUUCAGGAAAUGUAUUGAAUCAUUCUCGUUGCAAAUAUUUUCAGAUGAUUUGAUAAAUAAAGCUUCCGUUAUGAAUCUCUCCCUCGAACCUGUUAUAUUAGAUUUUAAUACUAUCACUUUGUUCCACCCUAUUGUAUGGUUGUGUGUAACUGUAUAUACUGCUAUAGGUGAGCUAUUUUCUACAUUUCUUAUCUUAUUAGGGUCAACUG